ACCUUCUCCCCUUCCUUGACUCGCAAUCCCUGUCCCACUCAGCUGGAGGCCAACAUGGAGCUGACCCUUGGAGUGAGUGUAGGGCUCGGCGUGAUUCUCUCCCUUGGCCUCGCAUUCUCCACAGCCAUUCGAUGUCUGGUCUUCCUGGCCCUGCCCAGCUUCUGCUCCAGCAAAGGCCGAUCGAUCCUGAUCAUGUACGCACUAGUGCUGAUCCUGAACCAUCCUGUCCAGAACUUCUCGGACAACCUGACCCGUCUGAGUGACUCGGCCACAUGUGGUCAGAGCCUAGCCCUCAAUGAGACCAAGAAGCUAGUGGAAGCAGCUGCUGCGCCACUCCUCUCUGUCCUCGGAGGAAUCAGGUUCGAAUCCGAGAAUUAGCAGUCUUAUGUUGCUGGGGGGUUUUAAAAAUAUUAUCAUAAAAUUGAGAAAGGCGCAGAAAGAAAACGGGUAAUGCCGGCGUUUGUGGUGUGCUUCAAACGCUUCGCUGUCGCUAAAGUUUCCGAGUGUUCUCAUAGGCUCUGCCGGGGUAAUAAUGGUUAUACAGCGCAUAGAGCAUGCUGCAGAGCGUGGAUAAGUGCUAUAUGAAUGCACUUUUUGAUUAUUAAGAGAUUCUCCCAGUUGGGAUACAUUUUAUAAAUCAAGUAUGUCGGUCUUUCUUUUGGGAUGUAAUCUCCCUCUCAGCCCUUGUUAAUCUUUACAGACAGGGCCGGAAGCCUGCUUACCAAAUGAUCUAAAUUAUGUCGAUGGGGGCGUAAAAAUACCUAUAUUAAACACUGAAUAGAUAAUGGGGUAUUAACGUGCGGGUUGUCCCGGUGACAGACUGCAACAACUUUUAAUAGAGGUUUUACGGCGCUCGCAACUGCAUAAGGUCAUAUGAGCGCCAGAAGAUUAGAGGUGUUACCAGAGAGUAACAAACAUAAAAUAGAAGAAGGGGAGAUAAGGACGAUAGAUGUUUGAUAGGAAAGAAGAAGCAAACCACACCAGAGCUCCCGCCAACCACCCACAUGUGACAGACGUCCAGGGACGCUGGUGGGUACUAUCACAAUAUUAUGUUGAUAGGCUGAUACACACUGACAAUCAUGAUAGGCAGGAAAAUUAUAGUGCGACUUAUUUUCAAAUAUCUCCUCAACUAUCGAACAUAGGUUCUCCAAUUUUUGCACAGUGACUUCUAUUAAUUCGUCUUAACAGGUCAACAUUUUUGUAAACACCUGCAAGCUGUAUUCUAGAAAAUUACUAAAUACUAUUUUUUUAAAUCCAAACGGGUGGUUUCUACAUAUUUUUAAAUGUUUACAGCUGGGGCAAUAUAUCUUUUAAUAGCAAGUCCAUCAGGUUUUUCUAAUUGGGAUAUUAUGCUUACUGAACGCAUGUUUUGAGAGCCAUUAGUGCAAAAAUGUGUUCACUAUAACAAUAAAUUCU